AUGAAUGAAAGAGUGAAAUUCAGAACACGUGCAUCAAACUGCUUUAAAAUUUUGACUACUACUAUCUCUUGUGAAAAUGAUAAACAUGACAAGGAUUUCUCAAGUGAUGCUGCAGACGCUCAGAUUCCUAUUAGUGCCUCGAAUCUUGGUGAAAAUGAUACUGAAGUUACUGUAACUGAUUUAGCUACUGAAGACUUGGAACAACAAUGCAUCUUGUUACCUACGUAUGCUUUUCGAGACCAAAGUUCAGCCAAUCCUAAUGAAUGGACAGUACGCGUACGAGGUUGGGCGUACGCGACACGAAAGAAAAGUCGCAAAAGAAAAUUAAUGAUUGGGGUUGCGCGACGUAUAAUGGUCAAAGAUGAACAAGAAGGCAAAUAUUUAGAAGAUCGAUUUGGAAUGUUUCUAACUAAAAAUGUUCGUAAUCAAAAGUAUGCAGUAAAAAUAAUCGGACUUGCUCAUCCCUCACAUAUGAAAUUGGGGGGUGAUCCGGAUUCAGACGAUAAAUCAGAUAGUGGAAGUAAUGUCGAGACAGAUGACGAAACAUUAUUAGAAACUGAAUCUGAAAGUAGUAGCUAUGAAGAAGAAGAUGAUAGGAUCGAUUCAGGGAAAAAUCAUAAUCCAGUAACUCAUGUGACAGCUGAUACAGGACAUUUUGAGGGUAAACUCACUAUUUCUGAUGAACUUGUGGAUGAAUGGAUAUCAAAUGCCAAUGAGGAAUAUGAUGGUUUUGGGAAUCAUAUGCGAUUAUUCAAAUUAGAGGCGAAACGUAGUGGAAGUAGACAUGCCACGCCAAUUUUAGGUUAUGCAGAUUUAAUUGAUGCAGAAGGAAUAUCAAUAAUAUCGGUGAGUUUGAUGUUUGAGAGUGAAACAGACGUGACUGGCGGAGCAAAGGCGAUGCUUGUGAAUACAUUUUUAAAAGACGCUUCAGAGGUUCCUGGUAUGGCGCAACGUUAUUUGUCAUGGUAUCAACAAGGAGCAUCCAUUCACUAUGUUUCCAACUCACCCUGGCAAUUAUUUCCGAUGCUCAAAUCAUUUUUCAAUGUAAAGUCUUUUCCUCCUGGAUCAGCUCAUUUGAAAUUAUACAAUAUGAAAAAUAUAACAGAAAAUACUGGGGAAAAUAAAAAGAUAGCAAUUCGCCAAAUUUUGCAGGAUUUUCCCCGAAGAAAAUUUAUUCUUAUUGGUGAUAGCGGUGAAAUAGAUAUGGAGAUCUACGCUUCGAUCGUUAAAGAAUUCAGCUCUAAAACAGAAAUUAUACACGUUCUUAUUCGAGAUGUCACCACUAAACGUCUAGAAAACCAACCGGCGAAACGUACACGUUCUUUACCGUUCAUCCCUAAAAGAACAUCAUCGGCAAAUUCGUUCCGUACCUCAAAAACUAUGCCCAAUUUACAAAUGUCUUCAUUGGAAAAUAAUGAGGAUUAUGAGCAAAUGGUGUCCCCUGAUUCUGAAGCUUCAUCACAAGUGUCAACUCCUUCAACUGCGGAAUGCGAAUUUCAAACACCAUUAGAAAUAUUUCAAGAACGAGUGCAACGGAUUCAAGAGUCCAUUGAAGCUGAAGGAACCGAGUUUACUUUGUUUACGGAAGGAAAAGAAUUAUUAGGUCAUGCAAAGAUUGACCUAGCAUUCGAAGAAUUAGAAAAAAAUCGUUAUAAAUAUUAA